AGCUCGGAUCAUUCGUUGAAAACGCAUCAUUUAAUCGUGUGAAAUUACAGAUAAAUACAAAAAAUCCAGUGCCAAAUAUUUAAGCGGUGUCCCUCACUUAUUUACUAAGUUUCCAUCAUAUUUCUAAGCGAUAAAAUUUAGGGAAGAAUUUAUGAAAUGUCAUCUUAAAACGUGAGAGCAAAUUGGCACAAACUUGAGCGUUGGAUCAGUAGUGGAUAAACAUCAUUCGAAUGAUGAAUUUGUUUUAUUCUCACCUGUAAAAAAAACAAAGUGUAAAUAGUAUAAGAUUAAGUGUAUAUUGAUAUUAGCAAUAAAUGGCGGCGUACCAAUUUUCUAAAAGAAGGAGUUCUUCAAUCAAAAAGGAAUUCAACGAGAGUGAGCUAGAAGGUCUGAAAAUUGCUUUUGAGCUGCUGGAUCGUAACCAAGAUGGACAGGUCACACCGGGAGAGUUCAAGAUCAUGCUGAAUAAUUUAGGAAUUGACAUUAAGUAUGAAAAAGCUGAAGAGAUAAUUAGGAUUGCCAGUCAUUCAGGCUCAGACUUAAUAGACCAAAACGACUUCCUUUCUUUCGUUAAACAGAUUCAAAAAGCAUGUCCAGGAGACGUAGACGAGGAUAUAGCUAGUGACCUAAAGGCAGCCUUUCAAGUUUUUGAUUUGGACGGAGAUGGUUAUAUUACAAAAGAGGAAUUAAAAACUGCCAUGGAAAUGAUUGGGGAAGCUGUUACAGAUCAACAAUUAGAACAGGUUAUUCGACUGGCUGAUACUGAUAAGGAUGGAAGGAUAAACUAUGAAGAAUUUGUUAAGUUAUUAACAUCGUAAAGAGAGUAAGAAGAACAAAGCUUAAAAUGGUUCCAAUGUUCUAUGGUAAAUAUUUGGUUUUAAGUAAAAGCCAGGCUGUGAUCCAUGUUUACAAUUAAAUAUCAUUAAGCAAACAUAUUUUGACUGAAUUGAGAAAUAUUUAAUGGAUAUUUUUGUUUCCUAAGUAGAUACCUAGGUAAUUAUUGUAAAGUUGUGUAAUAAAGAUAUGGUUUUUA